CCAAUUUACUCAUAAACUCAAUAAUAAUAAAUAAAUAAACUGAACGAUUCAAUUCAACGUUGAGCAUUGCCAUCACCAUCAUCACCCUUCACUACCCUCUUCAUUCUUUCUUUCUAAUUCUAGCUUCCAAGCAACUCAACAUUAUUAGAUUCAAAGUUUCGUCACAAUCUUCCACUUUCUCUCUCUUUGACUUAGAGAGAGAGAGAGAGAGAGAGAGAAUGAAGCUCUCGUCGUUGCAGCAGAGCUACCUCAACCGCCGGAGCAACAGCUUCAGAGGAUCGCUGCCGUUGGACUCCUCCGCCGAAGUCUCCGGCAAGUCGCCGGCGGCGAGCACCUCCUGGCUCCUCCUCCACGCCGCGUGCUGCCUCGUCAGCGUCGUCAUCGGCUUCCGCUUCUCCCGCCUCGUCUUCCUGUUCCUCUUCUCCGCUGCCUCCCGCGGCGGCGGCGAAAUCUCCGCUCCAUUCGUCGUGCAUUCCGCCCUCGCCACCGCCAGCCCGAUCGCGAAGAGCAUCGCGGCGACUCCGGCGAACCAUACCGCCGCCGCCAGGCGUGUGGUGGUCGGGCGGCACGGGAUCCGAGUCCGGCCGUGGCCGCAUCCGAAUCCGGAGGAGGUGAUGAAGGCGCACCGCAUAAUCGAGAGAGUCCAGAGGGAGCAGAGGACGCUGUUCGGAGUGAAAAUGCCGAAAACGGUUAUUGCAGUCACGCCGACGCACGUGCGCACGUUCCAGAAGCUUCACUUGAGCGGCGUCAUGCACUCGCUCAUGCUCGCGCCGUACGAAGUCGUUUGGAUCGUCGUGGAGGCCGGACACGUCACCAAUGAGACCGCUUCCAUUAUAGCCAAGUCAGGACUCAGAACCAUCCACGUUGGCUUCAAUCACCGAAUGCCGAUUUCGUGGAACGAUAGACACAAAUUGGAGGCUCGAAUGCGCCUUCAUGCUUUAAGGAUUGUGAGAAAAGAGAGGCUGGAUGGAAUUGUGAUGUUUGCGGAUGAUAGCAAUAUGCAUAGCAUGGAGCUGUUUGAUGAGAUUCAAAGUGUGAAGUGGAUAGGUGCAGUUUCGGUUGGGAUUCUUGUCCAUUCAGGUGGUGCAGAUGAAUCUUCGACCCUACAGGGUGAGGAGGAGGCCCCGCCAAUGCCAGUGCAAGGUCCUGCUUGUAAUGCGACCAAUAAUUUGGUUGGGUGGCAUACCUUUAAUAAGUUGCGAUAUGCUGGCAAAAGUGCAGUUUACAUAGAUGAUCUGGCACCUGUGUUGCCCAGAAAACUUGAGUGGGCUGGGUUUGUGUUGAAUUCCAGGUUGCUUUGGAAGGAUCUUGAUGAUAAGCCGGACUGGAUUAAGGAUCUUGAAGAGUUAGAUGGGAUUGAUGAGGAUAUAGAGAGUCCACUGUCUCUGCUCAGGGAGACUCAUGUGGUUGAACCACUUGGGAGUUGUGGACGCCAGGUUUUGCUUUGGUGGCUGCGGGUUGAAGCUCGCACAGACAGCAAAUUCCCUGCUCAGGCACAUCUCAAUCAGAUUCAUCCAACAAAUAUAACCCGAUGGAUAAUCGACCCUCCUCUGGACAUCACAGUCCCAUCAAAACGCACUCCAUGGCCAGAUGCUCCUCCUCAGCUCCCAAUCAAUGAAAAAGAGCUACUUGGCACACAAGAUCAGACGACCAAGCAUUCUACAAAGACUAGAACAUCUAGAUCGAGGCGCACUCGAAGUAAGAGAAAGCAUGAUGCCAAAGUGAUAGGUGUGCAAGUCUCUACACAUUCUGAACAAAACUGAAAUGUUAAUAUGUGCAUUUUAGAAAUACACUGUGCCUUGUGGUUACGAAACUGCUGCUCCUCGUUGACAAGAAUCUGGAUUGAACAGAUGAAGAAGCUCAUGUUCUUACUGGAUAGGAAUAGGAAUAGGAAUAGGAUUCAUAUACUGCGUGUAGUUACUACGGUGGACCAGCAUAUGUGCAUUCGAGUCUGAUUUCAACAAUUUUUUUCUAUAUUGUUUUUUCCCUCAUUUUUUUGUUGGGGUGAUAUAUAUAUUUGUUCGCCUGAAAGGUAAUGUCAACUUUGUUCUGCAGCAUUUGCUUCAUCAGAGGAAGCUUGUAUAAUUUUUCUUCAAUCUUUUCAAUGAAAUAGAAAUUCUUCUUCACAGGAAUA